AUGCCGAAUCUUGGCUUUGUAAAUGCAGAAUUGAUCGUGCAGGAGGGAGGUCUUCCGCCAUUGGUUGAUCUCUUGUCCUCGUCCAAUGAAGGGAUCCAACAGCAAGCAGCAGGCGCCCUUUGGUCAUUGUCCGUCAAUGCAGAAAAUCACCUCAAGAUCGUCAGGGAGGGUGCUCUUACAUACAUGGUCAGGCUGCUACAAUCAAACAAUCCGAAGAUACAAGAGCAAGCUGCAGGAACUCUGCGCAAUCUUGCCGUGAAUGACGAGAACAAGGUCAAGAUCGUCCAGGAGGGGGCGCUACCACACCUGAUCGCCCUGCUGCGGUCGCAGAGUGACCCCGUCCUCAUCCAGGCGUCGGGAGCGAUUAGAAACCUGUCCGUCCACCCUCAGAAUGAGUUCAAGAUCGUGCAGGAGGGAGGGAUCAAACCGUUGGUCGACCUGCUGCGGUCGCCCAACUACAAGGUCGUCGAGCAAGCGUCUGUUGCGCUGCGGAACCUGUCAGUGAACGAUGCGAACAAAGUGUACUUCGCCACGGACGGGGCGCUGCCUCCUCUCAUCGCCCUCUUGCGAUCUCCCCAGCUGGUAGUGCAGGAGCAGGCAGCUGUGAUCCUCAGGAAUCUCAGCCUGACGACAGAGAACGAACGGAACAUCAUCCAGGAGGGAGGAUUACCUGCCAUCAUCUCCCUCCUUCGAACCAACGAGCCUCGGCUCCAAGUGCAUGCAGCUGUGAUCCUCAGGAACCUCUCGGUGAACAGCGAGAGCGAGGUGAAAAUCGUGCAGGAAGGAGGCCUCCCUCCGCUCAUCAACCUGCUGCGAAGCAGCGACCUGGAUGUUCAGGAGAACGCUGCAGGAGCCCUCCGCAACCUCUCGGAGAACGAUCAGAACAAGGUCAGGAUUGUUCAGGAGGGAGGACUGGCAUGGUUGAUCCCCUUGCUGCGAACCCCGUCCUUCAAGGUCCUGGAGCAGGUGAUCAUGGUGCUGUGGAACCUCUCGAUCAACGCGGAGAACAAGAUGCGGAUGGCGGAGAAAGGCGUGCUGCCUUCCCUCGUGACCCUGCUCAAGAGCCCGGAGGAGAGGAUCCAGGAGCUUGCUGUUGGAACCAUGAGGAAUCUCAGUAUCCAUUACGACAACAAGACCAAGAUCGUGCAGGAGGGGGCGCUGUCAGGGCUGAUCGCGCUCCUCCGAUCCCCCAUCGUGAACAUCUUGCAGCAUGCAACUGCCACGCUGAGGAACCUGUCUGUGAAGGAGGGAAACGACGUUAAGAUGGCCGUGGAGGGAGCCAUCCCCCCACUGAUCGCUCUCCUCUCGCACCCCUCGACAGAGGUGCAGCUCCACGCUUGUGGGGCCAUCCGCAACCUGUCCGUCAACGACGAGAACAAAGUAAAGAUUGCUCGAGACGUGGGCCUGCGUCCUCUGAUAGAGCUCCUCUCCUCCUCUGUGAUGGAGAUCCAAGAGCAGGCGGUGAUCGCGCUGCGGAACCUGUGCGCCAACUCGGAGAACCAGCUCAAGGUUGUACAGGAGGGGAUCAUCCCUCCUCUCAUCAACAUGCUCCGAGCGUACGAGGACAACCUCCAGAUGCUCGCUGCUGCUUGCCUCCGCAACGUUGCGCUGGACUCCGCGAACAAGGUGGCUGUGGUGGAGUCUGGGUCGCUCCCUCCCCUCGUCGCAUGCCUGAGCUCUGUCAACGUCGGGGUGCAGGAGCAGGCGGCUGCUGCCUUGCGCGUCCUCUCGUCGAACCCGGACAACCAGACAAGGAUCGUGGAGGAGGGAGGGCUCGGAGGGCUCAUCGAUUUGCUGAGAAGCGACAACAAGGACGUGCAGGAGCAUGCGUGCGGCGCCCUGAGGAACCUGAGCAUGAAGAGGGAGGUCAGCAGGAAGAUCGGGGAGGAGGGGGCUCUACCUUACAUGAUCGGUCUGCUUCGCUCUCCAGACGAGCGUAUCCAGGAGCAGGCAGCGACGCUGCUGCGCAACCUGUCGGUCAACGACGAGAACAAGAACCGGAUCUCCCAGGCCGGAGGACUGGCCCCACUCAUCAUCCUCCUCUCCUCCCCGCUCCCUCGGAUCCAAGAGCAGGCGGCGGUGGCGCUGAGAAACGUGUCGCUGACGGAGGAGAACGAGACGGCGCUGGUGCACGAGGGCGCGCUCCCUCCUCUCAUCGAGCUGCUCCAGCACACAGACGACCACAUCGUCGAGCAGGCGCUGGUCACUCUGCGCAACAUCUCCGUCAACGCAGAGAACGAGACGAAGAUCGUCAGUGCAGGAGGGCUCACCCCGCUCAUCACCCUCCUCCGAUCCCCCAAGCCCUCCAUCCAGGAGCAGGCGUGCGGAGCUAUCCGCAACCUUUCCGUUAACCCUGACAACAAGGUCAAGAUCGUGCACGAGGGCGGCCUCCCCCCGCUCGUCGCUCUCCUCCGCUCUCCGCAGGAGACGAUCCAGGAGCAGUCGGCCGUUGCCGUCCGAAACAUCUCCGUCAACCCCGAGUACGACACCAAGAUCGUGCAGGAGGGAGCGCUUGCUCCCCUCGUCGCCAUGCUGAGCAGCCCCAACGAGGUCCUCGUCGAGCAGGCGUGCGGCGCCAUCAGAAACCUCUCAGUCAACAACGAGAACAAGUCCAAGAUUGUCGCCAAGGGAGCUCUUCCUCGACUCUUCACCCUCGUACGUUCACAGAACGAGAAGAUCCAGGAGCAUGCGGCUGUCAGCCUGCGCAACCUCUCCGUCAACCCGGACAACGAGUCCAAGAUCGUCGCCGAAGGAGGCCUCCCUCCUCUCCUCGCCAUGCUCCGCUCCUCCGACCCCAUGAUCCAGCUCCAGGCAGCCGUUGCCAUCCGGAACCUCUCUUUCAGCCCGGAGAACGAGGUCAGGAUCGCAGCAGAGAACGGCAUCCCUCCUCUCGUCUCAGCCCUGCGCUCCCAAGACCCCAAGAUCCACGAGCACGUCCUCGUCUCCCUCCGCAACAUCAGCGCCAACCAGGACAACAAGGUCAGGAUCGUGCAGGAGGGAGCGCUCGGCCCCCUGGUCUUCCUGCUCCGCAGCGAGGACCACCUCCUCUGCCAGCUGGCAGCAGGAGUGCUCCGCAACCUUGCGAGCAACCUGGUCAACCAGGUCAAGAUAGUACAAGAGGACGCUCUCCCUCCGCUCUUCGCCCUCAUGCGGUCGCCCAAGACGGCAGUAAUUGAGCAGGCGAUCGGCUGUGUGCGGAACCUCUCGGUGAACGCCGAGAAUGAGGUAAAAAUCGUGGCCGGGAACGGCCUGCCGGUCCUGGUGUCUUGCCUCAAGAUGGAGGAGCGAGCCAUACAGGAGCACGCAGCUGUCAUCCUCCGCAACCUCUCCGUCAACGCUGAGAACAAGGUCAAGAUCGUGCAGGAGGGGGCGCUGAAGCCCCUUGUCCUCCUCCUCCAGAGCAAGAACGAGUUCACCCAGGAGCAGGCGGCCGUCGCUCUCCGCAACCUCUCCAUCAAUGCCACCAACGAGCACAAGAUGGUGCAGGAGGGAACGAUCCCUGCCAUGAUCGACCUGCUGCGCAGCAGGAACUUCCGUCUCAACGAGCAUGCGGCUGUCAGCCUGCGCAACCUCGCCAUCAACCCGGACAACGAGCGUCUCAUCGUCAACGAGGGAGCGAUCGAGCCCCUUGUCUCCCUCCUCCUCUCCCCCGAGAUCCCUGUCCUCGAGCACGCCGCCGGCGCUCUCCGCAACCUCUCCGUCCUCGAGGAGAACAAGGAGCAGAUCGUCGCUGCCAACGCCGUCGGCCCCCUCAUCACCCUGCUCAUGUCCCACAGCCCCCGCGUGCAGCUGCAGGCCGCCAUGACCCUGCGCAACCUCUCCCUCCUCCCCGGGACCGACGUGGCGAUCGUGCAGGAGGGAGGGCUGGAGCCGCUGAUCAGCAUGCUCUACUCCUCGGACGAGGCGCUACAGGAGGCUGCGCUCCUGGCGCUCAGGAACCUCUCAGUGCAUGAAGAGAACAAGGUGAAGGUGGUGCGGCAUGGGGGGCUGCCAGCGCUCCUCUCCCUGCUGGCGUCGAGCAACGCAGGGAUACAGGAGCAGGCGAUCGUCGUGCUGAGAAAUCUCUCGCUGGAUCCUGAGAACGAGGUGAGGAUGGUAGAGGAGGGAGCCGUUCCUGCCAUCGUCAACCUCCUCCGGUCGCCGCUGGAGAGCAUCCAGGAGCAUGCGGCAGUCACGCUCAGGAACUUGUCGCUGAGCGACGAGAAUGAGAUCAGGAUCGUUGAAGAGGGUUGCUUGCCUCCUCUUAUCGCUAUGCUCAACUCCGUCAAGGCCAGCCUGCAGCUCCAGGAAGGAGCUCUACCUCCACUCGUCCGCCUGCUAGAGUCCCCGGAGGAAGAAGUCCAGCUGCAGGUCGGCGUCGUCCUCCGCAACCUUGCGGUGAACGCGAGCAACAAAGUCAAGAUGGUUCAAGUCGGAGCGAUCAACCCGCUCCUCAAGCUCCUCCGCUCCCCCAACGUCCGCGUGCAAGAGCAGGCGUGCGCUGCUGUCCAGAACCUGAGCGUCAACAACGACAACAAGGUCAAGAUCAUCGAGGAGGGGGGGGUCCGCGCCAUCAUCUCCCUCCUCUCCAUCCAAGACACCACCCUCCAAGAGCACGCGUGCGGAGCCCUGAGGAACCUGUCGGCAGUAGAGGAGGCGCGCAACGUGAUCGUGUACGAGGGUGGUCUGCCUCCUCUGGUCCAGCUCCUCCGGUCCAAGUCGCAUGCCGUGCAGGAGCAUGCGUGCGUGACGCUGCGGCACCUGACCUCCUCGGAGGUGAACAGGAGCAAGCUGGUCAAGGAGAAUGGCGUCCUCCCCCUCGUUGAGCUCCUCCGCCAUGAGCAGGAGGAGCUCCAGGAGCAGGCGGCUGGCACGCUGCACAACCUGGCCAUCGACGCCGACAUCCGAGGUGUGAUAGUGCAGAAGCAGGGCAUACCUCCGCUCCUCGAGCUCCUCAACCCCUCCCUCGGGGAGAAGCUGCAGGAGCAGGCAGUUGGGACCAUCCGCAAUAUCUCAGUCAGCCCGCAGUAUGAGAUGGAGAUCGUGAGGGCAGGGGGGGUAGCGAGGAUCGUAGCGCUGCUCCGCAGCUUCUCUAAGACCAUCCAAGAGCACGCGGCCGUCGCCCUGCGGAACCUCUCUGUCAACCCGGAGAACAAGCUGCAGAUGGUGGAGGACGGCUGUCUGCCUCCCGUCAUCGCUUGCCUCUCCUCCUCCGAACAGAAGAUCCAGGAGCAGGCUGCCAUCGUCAUCCGAAACCUUGCGCUCGACCCCGAGCUCGAGGAAUCGAUCGUGGAUGCUGGAGUACUUCCUCCCCUCAUCGCCAUGCUCCGAUCCCCCUACGAGCGACUUCAGGAGCAUGCUGCUGUCGCGCUCCGCAACCUGUCGGUCAACGAGGUCAACGAGGUGAAGAUCGCUGAGGAAGGAGCGCUUCCUCCCAUUAUCGCUCUCCUCCGCUCCCCCGACAAACGGAUCCAAGAGCAGUCCCUCGGCGUCCUCCGCAACCUAUCCGUGUCCGCAGCCAACAAGGUUCGCAUCGUCAACGAAGGAGCUCUCCCAGCCCUCGUCAACAUCUUGCGAGGAACCGCGACCGAGCUCAUCGAGGGAGCGCUAAUCACCCUCAGGAACGUGACCGUCGAGCCAGAGAGUGACAUCCACCUCUUCCAGGACGGCGCCAUCGCUCCUCUGGUCCAGCUCCUCUCCUCCUCUGAUCCAGCUAUCAGCAAGGCUGCGCUAGGAUGUAUCCGCAACCUCUCCGCCAACAGCAGGUCCAAGGCUCACAUCCUCCGAGAGAACGGCCUCCACCCGCUCAUCGCCUUCCUUACCUCGGGGGACAGCGAGCUGCAGGAGAACGCUGCUGUUGUCUUCAGGAACCUGUCGGUCAGCGCAGAGAACGACGACAAGCUCGUGUGGGAGGGAGGACUUCCUCCUCUCGUCUCCCUCCUCUCCAGCCGCAGCGAGACGACCAUCGAGCACGCCAUCGGCGCCAUCCGCAAUCUCUCCUGCGGGGCUGCCAACAGACCCAAGAUCGCUGAAGGAAGCGGGGUGAAGCUGAUAGUCCAGCUGCUGUCCUCCUCCUCCGACAAGAUUCUCGAGCACGCCGCUGCCUCCCUCCGCAACAUCUCGGCAUCCCCUGCCGUGGCGGAGAAGAUCGCCCUCGAGGGAGGGAUUGCGCAGCUCAUCUGGCUCAUGGGAGGCUCCCUCCUGCCCUCCUGCAGGAUACAUGCCGCCAUCGCCCUGCGCAACCUGACGGCAGCGAGCACGGACAACGAGGUGAAGGUGGUACAGGAGGGCGUCCUUCGCACCCUCCUCCCGCUCCUCUCCUCCAGCGACGAGGAGCUGCAGGAGCAGGCGUGUAUCAUCCUAAGGAACAUCUCGGUGAACGCUGCCAACGACGAGAAGCUGAUGGGGGAGGGAGUGCUCCCGCCGCUGGUCAAGAACCUCAAGUCGCCCAGGAAGAUCAUACAGGAGCAGGCCGCCGGGACGUUGAGAAACCUCGCUGUCAACCCGAACAACAAGAACAGGAUCGUCGACGAGGGAGGCUUGCUUCCUCUGAUCGCGCUCCUCCGCUCUGCCGACAAGAAAGUGCAAGAGCAGUCGGCAGGGGCCAUCAGGAACUUGGCUACGGAUGACGUCAUCAAGAUCAAGCUGUCGCAAGAGGGUGCCCUCCUCCCCCUCGUCAACCUCCUCCGGCUCAACGAGGAGAACAUCCAAGAGCAGGCUGCCGGAGCUCUUCGCAACCUCGCGGUCAACCCGAAGCUUCGGGAUUUGAUCGCAGACGAGGGAGCUAUCACCCCCCUUGUCGACAUCCUGAAGCUGCCCAACCUCAGGAUUGUGAAGCAUGCAUGCGGAGCCCUUGCGAACCUCUCUAUGAAUGUUCGCAACAAGGCGAGGAUCGUUCAGGAUGGAGGUCUCCCCCGUUUCAUCGCUCUCCUGCGCUCGGGAGACGAUCAGGUGCAGGAACUCGCCGCUGUUGCUCUCCGCAACCUCAGCGUAUCUGCGGAUGCGGAGGUGAAGGUGGUACAGGAGGGAGGAAUCCCUCGCCUCCUCGAGAUGCUCGCCUCCAACGACGACCCCACCAAGGAGCAGGCGCUCCUUGCCCUCCGCAACUUCUCCACCUCCCCCGACAACGCGUCGAAGAUCGUGCGGGAGAGAGGACUGUCAGUCCUUGUCAAUUGCUUGCGUUCCAACAACGACAAGGUCAACGAGCACGCAAUCGUCGUGCUCAAGAACAUCGCUGUGCAUGGCGAGAUGGACCUCGAGACGAGCAAGGAGGGAGGGAUCCCUCCCCUCGUUGCCCUCCUGCGCUCCCCGGAUCAGCGAGUGCAGGAGCAGAGCAUCGAGGUCCUCCGGUCCCUUGCCACCUCAGCCGCGAACGAGGUCGAGCUGGUCAGCGACAACGGCCUCCCCCCCCUCAUGGAGCUCCUCCUCGCUCCCCAGGAGGCCGUCCAACAGCAGGCCAUCUCCUCCAUGCGCACAAUCGCCGCAAACAUGGAGAAUCAGAAGAGAAUCAUAGAGGAAGGAGCCCUCCCGCUCGUGAUCGGCCUCCUCCGCUCCCCCAACGUCCAGGUUCAAGAGCAUGCCGUCUUUACAGUCAGGAGCAUCACUGCCAACGUGGACAUGAAGCACAAGAUCCUCGAAGCCGACGGUCUCGCUCCCCUGAUCGCCCUCACCCGCUCCCACUCUGCGGCUGCGCAGGAGGGGGCGCUUGCCUCGCUCUUCUCCUUGUCCUUCGACACCUCGACAGUGCUCAAACUUGCCGAGUAUGGAGGCAUCGCUCCCCUCGUUCAGUUGCUCACGUCUCCCAACGAUGAGGCGCAGGCGCUGGCAGCAGGCAUCUGCCGCAACCUGUCAGUCUCGCAGGAGACGGAGGGCGAGCUGGUGGAGGCAGGAGCGAUCGCUCCUCUCGUCUCCCUCCUCUCCUCCCCCAACCCCUCUGCCAUGGAACAUGCGGUCAACACCCUCAAGAACCUCUCGGCAUCUGCUGCCCACAAGGUACGGAUGGUACAAGACGGAUGCUUGCGUCCUCUCUUCAGCCUCCUCGCCAACCCCAACAUCAACAUCCAGGAGCCUGCUGCCGUCGCCAUAAGGAACCUGUCUGCUCACCCCAAGAACAAGGACCGCAUCGUGUCGGAGGGAGGCCUCCCCUACGUUAUCUCCCUCCUCCGCUCUCAGGACAAGGGCAUGCAAGAGCAUGGGGCAGUGGUCAUCAGGAACGUGUCAGUCAACGACCAGAAUGAGGUGAAGAUCGUGGAGGACGGGGCCCUUCCUCCCCUCGUGGAGCUCCUCAAGUCGCAGGACCCGAAGCUGCAGGAGCUGUCUGCUGGGGCGAUCCGCAACCUGUCGGUCAACGCCAACAACAAGGUGCUCAUCUCCCAGGAAGGCGGUAUCCCUCCCCUCAUCGCCCUCCUCUCCUCCUCCGACGACAAGAUCCAGGAGCAGGCGGCCGUCGCCCUCCGCAACCUCUCCGUCAACCCGCAGAACGAGCUGCAGAUCGUGCAAGAGGGAGGGCUGCGGCCUCUGGUCACUCUGCUCCGCUCCACCAACGACAAGGUCCAGAGGCAGUCGGCAGGAGCCCUAGCCAAUCUUUCCGUCAACCCCAAGAACAAGGUGAAGCUGGUACAAGCAGGAGGUCUCCCACCGCUCGUCACGCUGCUGCGAUCGGGCUCGGACAAAGUCAAGGAGCAUGCUGCCGGCGCUAUGAGGAACCUGUCGAUGAACCCAGAGCUGGAGGCUGACAUGCUCAGGGAGGGAGUGCUCGGUCCCCUGAUCUCCCUCCUCUUCUCCCCAGAGAUCAAGAUCCAGCUGCAGUCCGCAGUCGCCAUCCGCAAUCUCUCCGUCACCCCAGACAGCAAGAUCAAGAUCGUUGAGGAGGGGGCCAUCGUCCCCCUCGUCUCCCUCCUCCGCUCCGCCGACCUGCGUCUCCAGGAGCAGGCGGCAGUGAUCUUUCGCAACCUUUCUGUCAACUCAGAGAACAAGAUUGCCAUCGUCGAAGCCGACGUCGUCCCUCCUCUCAUCGCCCUCCUCAAGCCCCCCGACGAACCUUCCUCCAUGGAGGGAGAGCCGGAGUACGAGGGUCAGAUGGCACAGUACAAGCAGCAGGUCAAGAUCCAGGAGCAGGCAGGAGGAGCGAUACGAAACCUCUCCAUGCACACCGACAACAAACCGAAGCUCGUCUCCCUCGGCGUCAUCCCCCCAGUCCUCCUCCUGCUCAAGUCGGAGGAUCCUCGCGUGCAAGAACAAGGAGCAGGCAUCCUGCGCAACUUGUCUGUCUCUGCUCCUCACGCCAGCAUCGUCGUGUCGGAUGGUGGUGUGCCCUUCCUCACCGAGCUCCUCAAGAGCCCCGACUACAAAGUGCAGGAGCAGGCUGCUGCAACGAUCAGAAACAUCUCGGCAACAACUGAGCUGCGACCCGCUCUUGUACAGGCUGGUGUCUUGCCGCUGUUGAUUGAGCUGCUUUCUUCCCCCGAGGAGAAGAUUCAGGAGCAGGCGGGAGUAGCUCUCCGCAACCUUUCCGACACCGUCAAGUAG